AUGCUCAUCAAUGCUGGUGCCAAUCAGCAUGUCCCAGAACUUCCCGAGGCAGCAGGUGGCCGGCCCAGGGGUCCCAAGCACUGUAGACGAAAGCUGUUCACAGGAAGCAAGAUGCAGGAUGGGUGCCAUCUCCUGCAGUUCAACAAGCUUCUUUCUGCACUGGACAAGGGAGAUCAGUGGGAGCGUGCAGAGCUGCUGCUGCAAAGAGCUGGCGGCCUCCGCCUGGAGCCGGAUAUGUACAGUUUGGGUGCCGGCCUGAGUGCCCUGGCUCGGCAUCGGCACUGGGCGGGUGCCACCUCCGUUCUCCAAUGGGGCCAGAAAGAGAAGCUGCAAUCCUCGGAGGUUAUUUUCAACUCAUUGAUGAGCUCUUGUGAACGCAGUGGCCGUUGGAAAACUGCCUUCGACGUGUUUCGGACUCUUUACAAGGCGCUGCUGCAACCGAGUCCUGCUUCUUUCAGCUGCUGGAGCCGUUGGCCAGCUGCUGCACAGGCAAUUUCGGCUAUUCGGCAAGAGGGUUUGCAGCCGAGCCAGAUCAACCAGGGCGUUGCGAUGAAGGCAUUCCAGCUAGCUGAACUCUGGCAGUGUGCGCUGUGUUUGAUGCAGGAGACAUGGAAAGGAUUAAUCGAAAUGGACCAGGUCACGACCAGCUCUGCCAUGACCGCACUGGAGCGCGGUCGGCACUGGGAAAUGGCCUUGCACCUCUCUGGUCCCGGCGCCGAUGUUGUUCGCCUUGGGGCAGAGGCUGCGGCUGCUGCUGCAUCCGGGUGGCUUCAAGCUCUUUCUUGGCUGCGAAGAGCAGCAGAUCUAUCGCUGCAAAUCGGUGUUGUUGCUUUUGGGGCAAUUCUCGCUGCGUGUGAGAAAUCUGGCAUGUGGUCCUUGGCCUUGCGGAUACUCCGAAGUAUGGCUCGUGCAUCUGUCGAAGAAAAUACGAUCACCUGCAAUAGCGUCCUCAGUGCCUGCGAGAAGGCUGGCCAAUGGUCAGCGGCAGUGGCAUGUCUUGAAGCGUCCCGGAGCAGGACAGUUGCCACUGACGCGUUGUCACGGAACGCCGUGAUAAGCGCCUGCGAGAAGGCUUGGCACUGGCGGAUGGCAACAGUGUUGCUUCCAGGCUCUGAUGAGGUUGGCUGCAAUGCCGCCAUUUCCUCUUGCGAGAAGGUCUCGGGCUGGAACCUUGCUGGUGCCAUUUUGUGUGGCAUGCCCUGGCGACGUUUGCUUCCGACAGAGGUGAGCCACAGCUCAGCGCUGACCUCCUAUGGGAAGCGCCAACUCUGGCAAGGCUCUCUGAGUCUUCUGAAAUCUAUGCGGCGAGUGCUGCUCACCCCGAACGAGUUCACAUACAGUGCAGUUUUGACUGCAUGCGCCUCGCCAACGACUUGGCAGCAGGCAGUUGGCCUCUUGGACGACAUGCGUUCAGACAAGGUCCUGCCAGGAGGCGAUCUUCUGGUGGCAGUCACAUCGGCUUGCAGCUCUGCCUCGCACUUCGCAGGGGCUCUCGACCUCCUGAUGGAGACGGAAGAGUGGCUGACGGGAGAGGUGCUCCAGCCGCAGUCAGAGUUGAACUCGACGUGCAUCCGCAUGGAUGGCACAGAUGGCGGCCCCUUCCCUGUCUUCCCUUCUGCGCAAGAAGGUUCAGCGCAAGCUUUCUUGCCUGGUACAGACAUGCAGCAUCCACAUGAAAGUGAGCCGACGAAAACUGCAUGGAUAGUGGACGAAAGUGAUCCAAGACACGGCGAUGUCAUAGUUCAGACGGUUCGAAGUGCCGACGACAAAGAGCUGGCUCAACCGAUGGGUCGGGUCACGUUGCUCCAUGGCUUGUUUUGCCAAUACUCGGUUUGGUCGAAUGUGACGAAAGCGACCUUCACUGUGAAGAAGCGCCGGUGGGGCAAAGUGACAGCCAGCAAGGACAUUGUGCGAAAUGUGUCGCUGUCUAUGCAGUCUGGUCAAACUCUUGCCGUCAUGGGACCUUCUGGGGCCGGCAAAACUACCUUCAUGGACCUGCUAACCCUGGAGGGGUCCAGCGGUAGCCGAACUGGCUAUGUAGACCUCAAUGGCAAGGCCAUGACACCAGAAGUGUUCAAGCAGUACUGCGCACAUGUGCCGCAGCAUGAUCAGGGAUGGCCCUUCCUGACCUGCCACGAGACCGUGCAGUUCGCAGCUGACUUCUUCCUAAGGGUAAGCACAUCGGAAAGGCGUGCAAGGGCCGAUGGAAUCCUCGAGACGAUGGGGCUCCAGUCUUGCCGCCACACACGCGUCGGCAACGAGUACAUCAAGGGGCUUUCCGGCGGCCAGCGGCGUCGCCUGAGCCUGGCUGUGGCUUUCAUGAAAAACCCCCUUGUGGUCUUCCUGGAUGAGGUCACCUCUGGCCUGGAUGCGGCAUCGGCCGCCAGCAUCACCAAGUUUCUCCAGGAACUGGCACGCAGUGAAGAUGUAAUCAUUGCCUGCACGAUCCACCAGCCUUCCGCACGGAUCUUCAAAGGAUUCGACAAGUUGUUGCUUCUCUCUGGUGGCCGUGUCGCCUAUUCAGGGCAGGUGGAGGAUGCUGUGGAGCAUUUCCAAAAACUCGGCUUUUCGAUUCCGGACCACGAAAAUCCAGCGGAUUUCUUUCUAGACUCUAUCAAUGCAGAUUUCACCUCGCAAGAGGCAGUGGAGAAGGUCUUGACAGCCUGGGAGUCGCAACCCUUGCGGGUCGGGAGCGGCUCCUUUGAUUUGGAUGCCGACAUUAAAAUGCACGCAGGCCAGCACUUGCUCGUCGAGGUUUGGGUGCUCUUUCGGCGGCUGGUGUUGCUGGCGAUCCGGGACCCAACAAUGUACGUGAGCCGCAUGGUGGUCUUCCUUCUCUCGUGCAUCUUCUUCUCCAUAGUCUACCUCAAGUCCCGCGAGCGCACUCAAACCCAGAUCCUUCAGCGCAUGUGGCUACUUCUGUGGCACAUCGGGGUGCCGUCUUGCAUGUCGCUGUCGACCUGCCUCGCACAGAACAUGGAGUUUGUGGCAGUGAAGCGCGAGGUCAAGUCAGGCAUGUACCGGCUCAGCUCAUACCUCAUCGCUCAGCACCUGAUACAGAUCCCAAUGCUGGUUGUUCUCAGUGCCACAGCCUUGACGAUCAGCGGGUACGGCAUGUGCGGCUGGAACUGGGAUGCCUACCCGGAGGUUUUGCUCGUGCACUCGUUGCUGCUGUUCUUCUUUGACUGCGCCGCGCAGCUGUUUGCGGUGACCUUCAGUCAUCCCCUUCUUGGCCUAUUCCAGGUGAUUUGCCUCUGGUUCGCCAGCUUUCUCUUCGCUGGCGUUCUCGUGCCCGAGGAGGAUGUUGUUUGGCCGUUGCGGGUGUUCGCGAUUGCUUCGCCCAUGAAGUGGUCCAUCAAG